GAGCUCAAUUGCACAAUUUCACGAUGGCGAAUUCUGAUGCGGUAGACCUUAUGAGCCUUGGCCGGCACUGCUCCAUCAAGUGGUGUAACAGACUCGACUUCCUCCCGUUCAAGUGCACAAAAUGUCAAGAAAUCUUCUGCUUGGAUCAUCGUCAGGAGAGAGACCAUAACUGCCGGAACUCAGAGAUUGGAAAUGUUAGUGUGUAAAACAGCAGCUUACACCCUAGAAUAGCUAUUCGACUAACUCAGCUAUGAUAUGAACUGUGGCAAUGUUUUUUCACAGUCCACAGUCCCAGUGUGCCCUCUGUGUGGCCAGGCAGUGAGUGUGUCCAGAAGCCGAGGAGAGGAUGUGGACACUCAGGUCGAGAGACACAUCUCCAGUGGCUGCAGACACCACGUGCUCCAGAGGCCUCCACCCAGGCCCUCAUCCUCCUGUACCCAGAGAGGCUGCAAGAGGAGGGAUCUGGUCCCCUACACCUGUCCUCAGUGUGAGAGGACUGUCUGCAUCAGACACAGACAGCCCAUGGACCAUCCCUGCCACCCUCCAGUCAUUCCUGUUCACUGACACGUGUGUGUGUGUGCAUAGCUUAUUCUUUGUAUAUAUACAGGCUUUUACCAUCAUAGGAGCUUGGUCAUAGUUUCAAUUUUUUAACACAAUGAAUGUAUAAGUAUAGAAGGUUUCAUACUUGGCAGGGAGAAUAACUUCUGUUAACCAAAUUCAUGUGU